AGACCCCCGUCCCGGAGCGACGAUGCUCCCGCACAGCGAGGCGGCUGCGGCGGCUGCUUUGGCCUUCCUAGUCCUCCUCUCGGCGGUGGCGGAGGCCCAGUACGAGAAGUACAGCUUCAAGAGUUUCCCCGCCAAGGACGUGAUGCCGCUGGACUCUGCUUACAACUACGCGCUGGAGCAGUACGCGGCGCACAACUGGGCCGAGAGCGUCAAGUACCUGGAGCUCAGCUUGAGGCUCCACCGGCUGCUGCGGGACAGCGAGACGUUCUGCGGUCGCAACUGUAGCGCCGUGAGCCGGGGGAAGGACGACGGGGAGCCGGUGGCGGAGAAGGAGAAGGAGGAGGACGGCAGCCUGCGCGUCGUGCGCCACAUCCUGCUGAGGGCGGCUUGCUUGAAAAAGUGCAAGGCGAACUUUCCGGUGUUUAAACUCGCACACCCCCGCAGGGAUUUACUGGAGAGCUUCGAUAAAAGGGCCCCUUAUCGAUACAUUCAAUAUGCGUACUACCAGCUCAACAACUUGGAGAAGGCGGUGUCGGCGGCCCACACCUUCCUCAAGAAGAACCCCAAAGAUGGCCCCCUGACCAAAAACAUGAAGUACUACAAAACGCUGAUGGACGUGGACGAAUAUCUGAUCGACCACGAGGAGCAGCCCUACGAGAGCGUGUUUGUGAAGAGCGUGUUGCUCUACAACAACGGAGACUUCAGCGGCGCCGCUCGCCACAUGGAGCAGGCCGUCGCCUCCUACCAGGACGUCUACGCGCUCUGUCUGGACGGAUGCGACGGCUCCUACGAGAUUUUGGAAUUCAAGGAUUUCUAUCCCACCUUGGCAGAUUUGUACCUGGAGGCCCUAAAAUGCAAGGUGGGCUGCGAGGAGCGUCUGACCCCCAGCGUGGGCGGCUUCUUCGUGGAGAAGUUUGUGGCCACCAUGUACCACUACCUCCAGUUCUCCUAUUACAAACUCAACGACGUAAAGAGCGCCGCCCCGUGCGCCGCCAGCUAUAUGCUCUUUGACCCCGACGACCAGGUGAUGCGGCAGAACGUGGACUACUACGGCUUCUACCGGGAACAGUGGGGCCUCCAGGAGAAGGACUUCCAGCCUCGGCCUGAGGCCCUGAGGUAUUUCAAGCAGACCACCAAGCAGAAGGAGAUGCUGCAGUUUGCACUCAACUAUCUCCAAACGGACGACGAGGGCGAGGUGAGUCCCGAGCACGCCGCCGCCUCCCGAGCACAGCAUCCCGACGCAGAGUUUGAGGGGGUGGGCGACUACGAGGAGUCCCUCCUGUCCGAGUGGUGGCAGGAGCCCAAAAGCAAGUGGGACACGGGGGAGGUGGAGGAAUGACCUUUAACCCCACACACAUGCUGGAGCCUGAAGAAGAAGAAGAAGAAGAAGGAGGAACUCAUCAUGUUGAUCAGGAUGACAGGUCGACAUGUUUUUCUCUUUGGCUGCCAUCAGCCUUUCAACUCUUAUUUCUCUUAUUUAGUCUUCCUGUGCAGUCGCUGCCUCAUUUCCUAUCACAAUGCAAGGAAAAUAUCAAAUAUGAUUGUUUUCUAUUGUACAUCAACAGUAUUGUUCAUAUUGACUCUGGAUUAUUUAUUAUUGUUUUUUAUUUCUGGAAGAAGGAAAAAAAAAGACCUUACAUCGUCUCCAUUGUGCUCUUCUUUGCAUUUUUUUCUUAAUUAAAAAAAAAAAGAAGUAUUAAGAGUCAAUUAUAACACUACC